ACGACCAGAGAGAGAAGAAGGCCCUUAGGAGCCAAGAGAAAGAGGGAGAGGAAUGGAAAGGAACUUGUUUUCCCGGAGACCAGCCGUGUCGAAAGAGAGGAGAGUAUCCGCAUCCAGGUGCAAGGACAGAGCUUACAGAGGAGUGAGGAUGCGAAAGUGGGGAAAGUGGGUCGCAGAAAUAAGGGAGCCCAACAAACGCUCAAGGAUCUGGCUCGGCUCCUACUCCUCCCCUGUCGCCGCCGCCCGAGCUUAUGACACCGCCGUCUACCUCCUCAGAGGCCGCUCCGCGCUCCUCAACUUCCCCGACGAGCUCGCC